UCAUUUGUGAACAACAGUCAACAGGAACAAAAUAAAAUAUAUAAUUACAUAGCAAAGAGUAGAUAAGAAAUGAAAUAGAAGAAAACAAGUUAAAAAAUUAACACAAAGUUAAAAAUUUAAGAAUAAUUGAUUAAUUAACAAACAUGAGGCGUCGAGCAGGAGUUGGUGCGAUACAUAAGCAGCGGCUGGAACAAGAGAAAUACAGGGAAAAAGGAUCGGAGAUCCAGGAAAACCAAUUCCAGCAAAUGUCCAAACAACUGGAAGUUUUCAGAGAAAAUCUUGAAGAGUUUGCAACAAAACACAAGAGCGAGAUAAAGAAGAACGCACAGUUUCGACGCCAGUUUCAGGAGAUGUGUGCAGCUAUUGGUGUUGACCCUCUAGCUUCUGGAAAAGGGUUUUGGUCGGUGUUAGGCAUUGGCGACUUUUACUAUGAACUUGGCGUGCAAAUAGUAGAGGUGUGUUUGGCGACAAAUCACAAAAACGGUGGACUCAUCACAUUAGAGGAGUUAAGGACCAGGCUCAUAGCAGCGAGGGGCAAGGCCAAGAAACACCAGGACAUCACCAAUGAGGACCUGUUGGCUGCUGUGAAGAAACUUAGGAUAUUUGGAAAUGGGUUUACAGUAGUUCCAAUAGGUAAAGGGAAGUGGCUCGUCCAAUCAAUACCUGGCGAGUUGAACUUGGACCAAACAUUAGUAUUGCAAAAGACAAGCACAUUAGGCACAGCUUGGGUGUCCACAAGCAUUCUUAUUGACGAUUUGAACUGGAGUGAAACCAGGGCAGAAAACGCCCUGAACCACAUGGUGAAGGAAGGUCUCGCUUGGGUUGACACUCAGGACCGUAACGAAACCCUCUACUGGUUCCCGAGCAUGUUCUCCGAGUGUGUAGCCGCUUCAUGAAAAAAAAUAUUGUUGGUACUAUUUUGUUUAUAAUACAAGGUGUAAAGAGAAUGCUAGCAAAAACUUAGCGUUAUUAUUAUAUAUACUACCUAAACACAAUCCAAUGCCAGUAACCUUACUAAAUAAAUUGCCUUAUUUUUUCGUUUUAGUAUUUUUCAAAACCGCAAUGUAUAGCGUGCAAAAUUCGAAUCAUUGCCCUACCUGUGACACGGCAUUGACUCUGAGUGGAAUAUUUACGCUACGUUCGUUGACCUCUAGCGUCAGUCGGAGUUUUAUUUUUCAUAGCGUCAAUAGC